AUGACCGGAGCGCAACCCAAGACGGUGGUCGUCGGCGUCAAGCUGGACUCCCACAGCAAGGAGCUCCUGACGUGGGCCCUCGUCAAGGUCGCCGACCCUGGUGACCAUGUCAUUGCCGUUCAUGUCCUCGACUCCGUUUCUGAGGAGACUUCAUGUUUGCUUUCGUUGGUCAAGACUUUUGAUUCUGUGCUCUCUGCUUAUGAAGGUUUUUGUAGCUUGAAGCAGGUUGAUCUGAAGCUAAAGGUGUGUAGAGGCAAUCCCAUCAGAAAAAUUCUAGCGAGGGAAGCACAGGCAUUUCAUGCUGAUGUUGUGAUUGUUGGACCUUCCAAAACCCACCACAGAAUUCGAUCAUCGGUUGCUGUUGCCAAGUAUUGUGCCUGGAAAUUACCCAAAAGUUUCUCGGUUUUCGCUAUCGAUAAUGGCAAGGUUGUGUUCAAGAGGGAUGAAGUUGAUAGCAAUACACAUCAAUUACAAGGUAAUAAUCGUAAGUCAUCUAUGAAGAAUGUGGAGGUUCUUGAGGAUGUUAAAGUAAAUCAAUGUGAGAAGAAAAGCCUUCAGACAAAAUGUCAGAAUUGUGAAGGUGGUUCAGUUUUAUUGGAUAAUUCUGGGACUCAAUUGCCUGGCGAUGAAACAAAGGACGAGUCUUUGGCUUUGGUACCAUUCCAGAGCCUCAACUCUGUCAAGAAUCAAAGGCCGCACUGUUUCAAACCCGGUUGGUCCAUUCUUCGAUGGACAUUUUUGAGAAGACAACAACACAAGGAGAAAUCUCCUGAAAAGACAUCUGUUUUAGGACGUUUUUCAAAACCGUUGAGUUCCCAUACUUCGGCUGUUGUUCAUCCUGAUCAGAAACACAGUAAUUCUAGCCAGGAUGGAGAUCAUUCUUCCAUGCCUGAUGGAAUAAGUGAAGCAACUGUGUCACUUGGUUCUAAUGAAAGCUUCCCUCCUCUGACCCCCAACCAUGGGAUGGAGAGCCUUCCUGAAGAAUUUUUAGAGUUAUGUAAGAAAUACUCAUCCAGCUGUAGACUGUUUAGCUAUGAGGAACUUUUGUUGGCAACAUCAAACUUCUUACCUGAGAACAUGGUUGGAAAAGGAGGCAGUAGUCAUGUUUAUAGAGGCCAUCUUUCAGAUGGGAAGGAGCUGGCAGUGAAAAUCCUGAAGCCAUCAGCAGAUAUAUUGAAAGAGUUUGUGCAUGAAAUUGAGAUCAUCACAACUUUAAAUCACAAGAACAUAAUCUCUCUAUAUGGAUUAUGUUUCGACAACAAUUUAGUUUUGGUGUAUGAUUUUAUCUCAAGAGGAAGCUUAGAAGACAACCUGCAUGGUAAUAAGAAAGAUGGGAAUUCAUUCAGUUGGCAUGAUAGAUAUAAUGUGGCCUUAGGUGUAGCGGAGGCACUCAACUAUCUACACAAUGGCUGUGAAGAACCUGUGAUCCAUAGGGAUGUAAAGUCUUCCAACAUCCUUCUUUCAGAUGAUUUUGAGCCACAGCUCUCAGAUUUUGGACUUGCAAGUUUGGCAUCGACGUCAUCACAUAUUGAUUGCACGGAUGUUGCCGGAACAUUUGGUUACUUGGCUCCAGAGUACUUCAUGCAUGGCAAAGUUAGUGAUAAAAUUGACGUCUAUGCCUUUGGUGUUGUACUCCUUGAGCUUCUUUCUGGUAGACAACCAAUCUACAGCAAAUGUCCGAAAGACCAGGAAAGUCUGGUGAUGUGGGCAAAGCCAAUACUGAAAGGUGGGGAGGUUGCCCAACUGCUAGACCCAAGCAUGGGGAGUGACUAUGAUCAUGACCAAAUUGAGAGAAUGGUUGUGGCUGCUAACCUUUGCAUUAGACAUGCUCCUGGACUUCGGCCCGAGAUCAGCACUGUUCUGAAGCUUCUUCAAGGUGAUGAGGAAAUAACUAGGUGGGCAAGGCAACAAGUCAGUGCAUCAGAUGAACUUGACGCACUGGAUGGUGAAGUUGUUCCUACAAAUAUCAAAUCCCAUCUUAACAUGGCAUUGCUAGAUUUGGAAGAUGAUUCCCUUUCUACUAGUAGUGGCGAACAAAGCAUCUCAGUUGAAGAAUACUUGCAAGGUAGAUGGAGUCGCUCAACAAGCUUUGACUAGCCGAAACUUUCAAGGGCAUCAGAUGAACUUGAUGCACAUGGUGAAGUUCCUAAAAAUAUCAAAACCCAUCUUAGUUUGGCAUUGCUAGACUUGGAAGA